AUGCAGCGCAUCGCUGGUCUACGCCAUGUAGCCACCAGACCGCCACCUCGCGCCAUAGUCCGCACCAUACGAACGCGUCAAGCACCACCACCACCUCCACAACGCUUCGUGCAAGCCCGAUCUCAAGCUCCGACGCAGGAACAGCGACAGCAGCAAAAGCGGGCGGUGGAGCAAGAGAUAAAUGAGCUAGUACAACGGAAUGAACGGCAGCAGCAACAGAAACAGGAGGGGAGGCAGAGGCGGAACCUGAUAUUCGUUGCAACCUUUGGUGUGGGACUCGGCAUCUACGUCCUACAACUCGUAGUCGCCGCUUUGAAGGCCAACCCAGAUCCUGCCAUCAGGGAUAUCUCCAACCAGAAGGACGUUGCGGCACGCUACGAUGAUACCGCCGACACUUUCGACAGCGACGUCGGCCUCUCGGAAUGGGUCAUGGGGACCAACAGGUUGCGGAAAGAGCUAGCGAAGCAAUGCAAAGGCCAUGUCCUGGAAGUGAGCUGUGGAACGGGUAGAAACCUGGGAUACUACGACGUUGGGAAGGUUGGCAAGAUCGAGAGUCUCACGUUCGUCGAUCUCAGUGCGCAGAUGAUCGACGUGUGCAAGAAAAAAUGGGAAGCAUUGCGCUCUACGUACGGCAAAGGAAUGUUCUCCGCCAAGCAGAACAUGAAGGAGGGCCUGGUCACGCGGUUUCUACCGGCUUCUGCGCUCGGACAGAUGCCACUUGCGCCGAACGGGAAGAAGUACGAUACCAUUAUCCAGACGAUGGGUCUCUGCAGCACGCCUUUGCCGGUGGAACUGCUGACCAACAUGGUGAAAUACCUCGAUACCAGCAACCCUGAUGCUCGGAUCCUCCUACUAGAGCAUGGACGCAGCUACCAGCAGUGGCUGAACGACAUCCUCGAUGACUCGGCCCAAAAGCACGCAGAUAUCCAUGGCUGCUGGUACAAUCGUGAUAUCGGCGAACUCGUCCAGGAUGCCGCGAACCGGACUGGAUUAGAGGUCAUCUGGGAACGAAGAAAGCAUUUGGGAACCACUUGGGUCUUCGUGCUGAAGCCAAAGGAAAACUUGAUCCAAGCAAGCCAAGGUCAAGGUGCUGCCGCCGAAGAGCCAGAAAAGCAAAAGCAACCGCCAAAGCCGAGCAAGUGGCUGAGCUGGUCCUAA